UCUAACAACAGUCCAAAACAUUUCAGAGAAAAUUGUACGAUGCUACAAAAAAUGUUAUAAUUAAAUUUACUUUAUUAAUUCAACAAGUGUUAUUUGUUCAACAUUGACUAAAAACAAUUUUUUUUUAUUAAACACUGUAUAAUCUGUAGAGUUGUGCUCUCGUGUUCCAUUGCUACACUGAAUCAAAUAAGACGAAGCUUUCCUAACCAAACAUCUAUUUAAGAAUUUACAAGACCAGAGUUUAACAAAAAGUAUCUCAAAAAUGUCAGAUGAAAACCAAAAUACGAGCCCAGCAGUUGAAGACUCUAGUCUAAAACGCCGAGCUGCAGAAUCUGGCAGUGAAGAGGAAUGGAUUGGACCCCUACCUUCUGAAUCUGCCAAGCCAAAGAAGAAGAAGUUUCUUCCGUACGAAAAAAUCUAUUUGGAAAAUCUACCCAAUGCCGAGAGCUACGAGAAAAGUUACAUGCACAGAGACGUCAUAUCGCAUCUUGUAUCAACGAAAACUGAUUUCAUCAUAACCGGCAGUGUGGAUGGCCACAUCAAAUUCUGGAAAAAAGUCGAAGAGGGAAUCGAGUUUGUUAAACACUUUAGAAGUCAUCUCAUGCCUAUCAUAUCGUUGGCUACAAACAGCAAUGGAACUCUUUUAUCAUCUGCCUCAUCCGACAAAUGUGUUAAAGUUUUUGAUGUAGUCAACUUUGAUAUGAUCAGCAUAAUAAAGUUAGAAUUUACACCAUUGUGCACAGAAUGGAUUCAUUCCCCUGGCGAUGCAAUUAAUAGUCUUGCUGUAACUGAUAAGGACUCGAAUAAAAUUUAUAUUUAUGAUGGUCAUGGAAAUGGAGAAGCAUUGCAUGUUCUAGACAAAUUACAUUUAGCACCCGUGGUUUCCAUUUGCUAUAAUCCUGCAUUUUCAACAGUUAUUUCUAUAGAUAAGAAUGGAAUUUUAGAAUAUUGGAUGAAUUCAAAAUAUGAUUACAAAUUUCCAUCGAAAAUAGUUGCUUUCGAAUCCAAACUGGAUACAGGACUUUAUGAAUUCUCCAAAAACAAAACACGUGUUACGGGUUUGGCAGUAUCAAAGUGUGGAAAAAAAUUUGCUGCUAUUUCAACCGAUAGAAAAGUUAGAGUAUUCAAAUUUAUUACUGGAAAACUCAUCAGAGUAUUCGAUGAAGCUCUGAUUCGUUUCCAAGAGAUUCAAAAAACAACAAAUGCUCUUCCAAAUAUGGAAUUUGGCAGAAGGAUGGCUACAGAGCGUGAUCUAGAGAAGUCAGAUCACUUUACGAAUAGUAACAUAAUUUUUGAUUACAGUGGGAAUUUCAUUAUGUACCCAACAAUGCUUGGUAUUAAAUUGGUUAAUAUUGAAACCAAUCGAUGUAUCACAAUAUUGGGAAAAACAGAUAAUAUAAGACCCCUUAAUAUUGCAUUGUUUCAGGGGAAAGCUAAAAAGACUAAAGCAGCAAUAACCAUUGAGCAAGAAGCCAGCGAUAAUCCAACACUUCAGUCAUUAGCGAAUGAUCCAACUUUAUUUUGUACGGCUUACAAAAAACCUCGAUUUUAUCUGUAUAGCAGACGUCUUCCCUCAGAUCUUCAAGAUGUGGAUAGAGAUAUUUUCAACGAAAAACCGUCCAAAGAAGAUAUUAUUGCAGUACCUGAGGGCCAAGGUAGCCAAAGAGUCUACGAAAAUGUCAUUCUGCACACUACUAUGGGUGAUAUUCAUAUAAAACUUUUCCAUAAGGAAUGUCCAAAAUCUGUUGAAAACUUCUGCGUUCACAGCAAAAAUGGCUAUUACAACGGUCACAUUUUUCAUAGAGUCAUAAAAGGUUUUAUGAUUCAGACUGGAGAUCCCACAGGCACAGGAACGGGAGGCCAAUCGAUAUGGGGUCAUGAUUUUAAAGAUGAAUUUGUGCCAAGCCUUAAGCAUGAUCGACCAUACACCGUAAGCAUGGCGAACGCCGGCCCAAAUUCAAAUGGCAGUCAAUUCUUUAUAACAGUUUUGCCAACACCUUGGUUAGAUAAUAAACACACAGUGUUCGGACGUGUCUUUCGGGGGAUGGAAGUUGUUCAAAACAUUUGUAACUCAAAGACAAAUCCCAAAACAGAUAAGCCUUAUGACGAUAUUAAAAUUAUUUCAAUGUACUUGAGCAAUUGAUGGGAAAUAAACAAACUAACAAAAAAAAAACGUUUUUAAAAGUGAAACCGAGCUUAUUGCCACUCCUCCUGCAUUUUCCCAUCUCC